AUGAAGGCCUUCGCUGUUCUGGGAGCUGCUGCUCUUUGUCUUUUCGCUACCGUCACUGCUCAGGGUAGUUUUUCAUCCGUUCCGAAGCCCUCGGGCACCGCUACUCCCUCCUGCUUGCCUCCUUAUGCUUCCAUGACUGGCGGGCCUUCGCUUAGUGCUUCGCCAAGUCUUCCUCCCUGCAGCGAGACCCCUUCGAGCUCGGCCAAGGACGGUGGCCCGACUUCCCCGGCAAAGGGAUUCGAGCGUGUUCAUGCUCGUCAGAUCAAGCGGGUUGAUGUCUAG